CAAGAAAACCUCUCUCCAGGUGUUUCCAGGCUGUGGGUGUAGUUGCUAAAUGUACUAACUCUUCAGUUUUUAUUAUGAUCUCUUUAAAGCUUUUUCUCUGGAAGACGUAGCAGUUCAAGAGACUUCUGCUCAACACUUGGAAAAGCAGAAAAAUGGCAUCAGAAGACAUCACUAAGCUUGUGGAGUCACUUGCCAAAACAAAAGUGGGUGGUGGACAGUUGAGCUUCAAAGGCCAGAGCCUUAAACUCAAUACAGCUGAAGAUGCUGAAGGAGUUAUCAAGCAAAUUGAGGAGUUUGAUGGCCUCGAGGCGUUGCGCCUGGAAGGCAACACAGUGGGUGUGGAGGCAGCAAAGGUCAUUGCCAAAGCCUUGGAGAAGAAAUCGGAGCUCAAGAGGUGCCAUUGGAGUGACAUGUUCACAGGGAGACUAAGGUCUGAGAUCCCUCCUGCUUUGAUUGCUUUGGGGGAUGCACUCAUUGCUGCUGGAGCCCAGCUGGUGGAGCUGGACCUGAGUGACAAUGCCUUUGGGCCAGAUGGAGUGCGUGGCUUUGAGGCACUGCUGAAAAGCCCUGCAUGCUACACCUUACGGGAGCUCAAGCUCAACAACUGUGGCAUGGGCAUUGGUGGUGGCAAGAUACUGGCAGGUGCUCUGAAGGAGUGUCACAGGAAAUCAAGUACCCAGGGCAAGCCUCUUGCUUUGAAAAUAUUUGUGGCUGGCAGAAAUCGUCUGGAGAAUGAUGGUGCCACUGCUCUGGCUGAAGCUUUUGGGAUCAUUGGGACCCUAGAAGAGGUCCAUAUGCCACAGAAUGGAAUUAACCAUCCUGGCAUCACAGCACUGGCCCAGGCCUUUGCCAUCAACCCACUGCUUAAGGUUAUAAACUUGAAUGACAACACCUUCACAGAGAAAGGAGCUGUGGCCAUGGCAGAGACUCUGAAGCUACUUCGGCAGAUUGAAGCGAUCAACUUUGGAGACUGCCUGGUGCGUUCGAAGGGUGCUGUUGCUAUUGCUGAUGCUGUUAAAGAAGGGCUUCAUAAAUUAAAGGAACUGAAUUUGUCCUUCUGUGAGAUCAAACGAGAUGCUGCUCUGACAGUUGCUGAGGCUGUUGAAGAUAAGACAGAGUUGGAGAAAUUGGAUCUCAAUGGUAACUGCCUGGGAGAAGAGGGAUGUGAGCAACUCCAUGAGAUUCUUGAAGGCUUCAAUAUGGGAACUGUGCUGGGAUCUUUGAGUGAUGAUGAAGGGGAGGAGGAAGAUGAUGAAGAGGAGGAGGAGGAGGAAGAUGAAGAGGAAGAGGAAGAAGAACAGCAACAGCUGAAGGAGAGAGGACAGGGAGAACAGGAGUCACUCACUCCUAAGAAGAUAAUUGAUUCACAGGAUCCAACUCCAGUGCCAUCUCCUCCUGUGGAUGUUGCCACAUUCCUUGCUUUCCCAUCACCAGAGAAGUUGCUGCGACUAGGACCAAAGUGCUCUGUGCUGAUAGCUCAGCAGACAGAUACAUCUGAUGUAGAAAAAGUAGUUACAACUCUCCUAAGGAUAUCAUCAGUUUUCAAAGAUGAAGCCCCAGUGAAAACAGCAGUGCAUGAAACAACAGAUGCCUUGAUGAAAAAAGCCUUCACUUCUGUCACAUUUAAUUCAGAUGCAUUUGUCACAAGCCUCUUGGUCCACAUGGGAUUACUUAAGAGUGAAGAGAAGGUCAAAGUUGCCCCAAGCCUCUAUGGUAUUCUUAUGACCCUGAAUCAUAUGGUCCAGCAAGAUUAUUUCCCGAAGUCUCUGGCCCCAGUUCUUUCUGCUUUUGUGACAAAACCAAACCGUGCUCUUGACUCCUGCUCGUUUGCUCGCCACAUGCUCUUACAAACCCUCCACCAGCUGUAGGAGAAAAGAGACAUGCUGCUGUGCCCUUCCCUCCUCGUAGGACUGUCAUCAGCAGAGAACGAAGAGCUGCAUGGUGGGAGAGGAUCCCAGAGCCCAUACAGACACACUGUCCAUGCCUCUUUCUUUUCCCUUUCUUUUUCUCCUCCUCCCACCCCCUGUAGCUCUGUCCUUCCUUCUGCUUUCAUAAACAUGGACAAAUCAUGCUGAUUUUUUUUUUUUUUUUUUUUUCUUCCUACUCUUCAUGAAGUGACUCCCUGGUCUGCAGGGCAGGUGCUUAUGCUAGAGUAUGUCAGUGCUGCUCUGAGCUCUGCAUGAAUUGAAAAGAGGAGUUCUCCACUUUGCUCGUGUUGGCAAGGGUCUGUCAAGACUAAGACAGGGCCCAGAAGUGCUCUCGUCAGGAUCAACCCAGUUGUGCAUUUUAUUUUAUUGGACUGUGAAAACUGUGUGGUAGCAUUCAGCACGGUGCAGGAGGGAGGCGAUUAUGUUCCUGCUUCUUCAGGCCAGGGGAGUGCUUGACUCCCUUCUGCUGCUGCCAGGUCAGAGGGGUAAGCUGUGCUCCCCUUUGCUACUUCUUUCAAGCCCAUUUGUUGACGGCAGUGUGUGACUGGUUUGUAUUUUAAUAUACUGCUCCCCUGCUGCUGUGGCUUGGAGUAUCUGUGUGGUGUGGCUAACCCUGGUGGCCAUUGCUUAGGGAGCAAGUGUAUUUUUAUUGUAAAUUUUUUUUGCUAUUGCCUGUGUUCUUCCUUCUUCCUGCCCUUUCCCUGUUCCUUUCCCUUCUCUUCCUAAUUAGAUAGGCUUGGCUUGGAAAUUAAUACAAAAAUCCUUGUGGAA